AUGGGUGGUAACGCGGAAUAUAUAGCGGGCUACGGCACCCUCUCGCUCUCCCAAGCUGUCCACAUCGCUCAAAACAGCGAGGGCGGCGUUGACCAGCGACUUGCUCAGUACCUCGAGAGGAAACUGGGCGAAGUGUGGGCGCGACUGAACGCCCAGCCAAACACGUACAUCUUCCCGCCGGACGAAUUCGCCCUCAUCAAUUACUACCGCUCGCGCUUCGGCGACUCGGAAAUCGUAAGAAACGCCACGAAACGCUUCUGGGACAAUCACCGGGGAUCGCGUUGA